AUGGACGCGGAGUAUAUCCCGAAGUUGACCUCAGUAGCUGAGAAAACACUCGCGUCAAAAUGCAAGCCUGGGUCAAUGGCGUACUGUCCGACAAUGGACCUGGUCGCGCUGACUAGCGUGGAUGAGCGAGUGGAUGUUUUCAGGUUGAAUGGGCAGCGGGUGUUUGGGGGUGUUUAUGGUGACGGUGGACGUGGCGGAGGUCAUCUCCUUGCCGUCGCCUGUUCUGAUAACAUUAUCCGCAUCUUAAGCGCGUACAGCGGCAAGACGGUACAUCAAUUACCAUGCGGCCACUCUGUGACAUCUUCAGUUGCAACUGCACCUUCAUCGUCUUCCACGUCUCCACUUGGCUCAGCUUCAUCCGUUUCUUGCCUUGGAUGGGGAAUGAACUUCACCGAUGGCAAGAACGCGUUGAAAUGUCUUCAAGAUGCCGAGGGAAGGCUUACUGUCGAUGAUCUGCUGUCGACAGAAAUGCAAUUAUCGAAAAUCGCGCAGUUGAAGGCAGAUUUGCCACGAGAGCUAGCUAUGCUGGAUAUGGAACGGUCAUUGCCUAAGCUGAGCACGUUACCGUCGACGGGGAAUGACUCUACUCAUUCCCUUUUGUUCUCAACCGAAAACGGGAUGCGACUCAUCACUCUCGACCUCCGAUUUAUUACAAAAUCUGGAAGGUACUUGUCGCUCCUCGCGUCGAAAAUUACGCAGCUACAAAAUUUGCUACGGUAUAUCAAGCAGGUGCAGGCACAGAUUCAACUCGAGUGGAAAAAUGCUCAGGAUCUUCCGGGACGGUAUAUCAGAAAUGUAACUGAGGACUUGCAGGACAAAUGCGCGUGCGAUUUCGUAACCGCUGCAUACCACCUGCUUGUGACUGGGGACUGUUUCGAACCGCUGAGGGAGUUUCUGGUAGAAGUCCUUGGCGAGAGGGGUCAUAAACGUUGGGAAAAAGCAGUUACAUCAGGCUACGAGGCGCUGAGGCGACUGACCCACGAGUGCCUUCUUCCAGCAUUGGAGCGUGGUGGAGUCCUCCUGAGUCGGUUAAUAGGGCUGUCAAAAUUCCACAAACUCAGCCCGAUUCUCGGCCUGGAAACUGCAGAUCUGGAGAAAUGCCAGGACACCAUAGACUGCCUUGGCCUCCUCUCCCACAAAGUGCUGAUCCAUAGCAGUCGCGAGCUCCACGAGUUUACCGCGUUCUCAAAAUGGCUACGACUUGAAGUUGACCUACAAACCGCUGAUCCUCUAUCUGCCACCUAUGAAGAACUGACGGAGAGCAGGGAUUCUCUCGACCAUGGGCAGAUACUAAGCUACAUCCAGGGAGCGAUGGCUCGUAGCGUUCUUCAGGAUUUCAUCCAGCCUGUCCCCACACAUUCGCUGCCUGACCGAUGGAAGCCGUCAGGGCAAGACAGCUCCUUUUAUGAAACAUAUAAGAAAUUACUAAAGCAGCAAGAUCAAAAGAAACGGGCGAAUCAGAUGGACAUGCCGCUACUUGGCGAUCUGACAGCUCGUCUUGGACUCCAAAGUGAAAAGGUGUUCAAGCAGAUUGCGGAGACGCAGCGACGAGGCAUCCUCCACCGGUCGCCAUUGGCUCUUGGGCCUGAUUGCGAUGCGGACGUUGUAGAUAUGACGAUGAAUUUCGGGCAUUUCGAGAGCUCUGCAUACCCGUCUGUAUAUAUUGCGACGAAAUCAAAAAGCUCCCCAUGGAUAUGUAAGAAAGCCAGACACGUGAAACCAGACGUUGACGUUCCAAGCAGUUAUUUAACUUUCAUAUUUUUGUUUUGCGCAGUGUAUCUUUAUAGGGUUAUCAUCGAUACAGUAAACGGCGUCAGCUCAACCAAAGCCACGCUCCUCUCUGCAAUCAGCCUAAAACGAGGGAGCAUCACAGCCGUAAAAUUCGUCGAAGACGGUACACUAAUGCUUCUCUUAUCUGACCUGGGAAACGUACACCUCCUCAGUUUCCCUUACAUUCCCAACACGGACACUCCAUUCCACCCCAACUACAUCCGACUAGGCGAUGACGGUUCUGAGACUUCUGCUACAUCAGAUUCCGUGACACCCCCAGUGCAGGUAACGCUCCUGCAUCUCGCGAACGGGGAGCAGGAUGCGGAGUUCGUGCGGCAUACAUUCCCACAGCAGGAGGGGAUGGAGCCAGUUGAACUGGAGGUCAAUGGACGGAAGGGGAGAAGGGUUGUGUGUGUUUUGUAUGCGGAUGGACUGCGGUAUUCUGUGUUUGAUAUGGAUAGCUCAGGGGUGGCAGAAGAGGAGGAGGAAGCUGGAGAUGGGAAUGGUGAGAUGGAAGUAGAGGAUAAGGUCAUGUCACAAUGA